AGGUAAUUAGCUUCCUCAUGGGCCUCAAGCUCUUGAAAGACCUUGAUCGCCGUUGAAUUGAUUGCAAGUAACCUUCCUUGGACGAAGGUGGUGAGCGGCGUACUUCAUAUGAUAAAAUGAGUACUUUAAAUAUGUUACGGUGUGCCCCACGUGCCCUCAAGAAACAACCCAUCUGGGUGGCACCCUCAAGAAACAUUGCCCUGACAUCAGUUAAUUGGGACGCACCAGCAACCACUGGUUCUAAAGCUGUUCUCCCCGGCCAUGAGUACUACCCAGGAAAAGAGGAAUAUUCACCAGUCAUAGGACAUAGAGAAAUCGUGGGCCAUGGAGAGAUUCCCUAUUACACUGACUCCUUCACUGUGCCCUGUCCGGCCAUCAGAUUCAAGGAAGUUGACGAAGCUCUAGGAAAACUCAGAGAAAAAGAAAAGGGAGACUGGAAACUCUUAACACUAGAAGAGAAAAAAACAUUGUACAGAGCUAGUUUCAAUUCGACCCUGGAGGAGGUUCGGGCUCCAUCUGGAGAUUGGAAACGUUGUAUUGGAGACAACGCCAUCUUGAUGGCAUUGAUGUUCCUUGGUGUCUCCGUGAUUGGAUUCGCUGAUCCUCAAUAUGAGCCCAAAACAGUCACCAAUGAAUGGGUUGACGCCCAGACCGAGUACCUUAUCAAGAAACGAGUCCAGCCAGUGGACGGUAUAGCCUCGUGGUACGAUUACGAGAACAACAAGUUCAAGCCCACCUGGUCCAUCUUCACAACAAAGGAAACCUCCAAGUCAGUCAAGACCCUCAGUGAGAAGGAAUAGAUUCCUGCUGUGUGUCGGGUGUAUUUAAUUUUAUUGGGGGAGGCGUCCAUGGCCAAUUUAGAUAUCAUUCAAGAGACAGAGACUUUGAUCUUAUAACAAUGUUUUCAAUAAACUGAUAAAAAAUUGUG